CAAUGAAACGCUGCAUUCGCCUCAUAUACAUAUAGCCGCACUCCUCUACCGCCAUUGGUCCCUUGUAUCUGUUGACGCAAAAUCGGUGUAAAAAGGUUUGUUCUUAAUAAUAGAAUAAUUAACGCUGUGAAAAAUUUGAAAUUAAGUGCAAUAAAGUUUGAAAAAAGGCUGCAACGUAUUUGCAUGCAACAGGCAGCAAAGAGGAAUAAAAAAGUCGCCGCCAAGCAGUCCGUAGUACUAUAAUAAGAAAAACAAAAAAGAAACAGCAACAACAAGAAAGCAGGUAAACAAACAGAAUACCAUUGAUUGCAUCUACUACGUGGGAUUGAGUAGUUGCCGAUGCGCGACAUGGCCGAUUUAGACGCAGUACAUCUCGGCCUGGACGAGAAUGAGGCAGACAUUGCUGAGGAACUGCAGGAUUUCGACUCGUUUGAUACGCGCAGUGAGGCAUCCAAAUCGCGAGGCGGAUCCAUGGAUCAAUCCGAUUCCGAGCCCAGCAUCAGUUCGGUAAGCACGGCGCCGUCAUCCGUCGAGGGCAGCAGGAGCAGCAAGCGCUUGACCAAGUCCAAAUCCAGCACCAAAGCCGCUAAAGAAACUGCUACCAAGACGACAACUGCAAUUACAACUGCAGCAGCAACAACAACAUUAUCUUCGGGGAGCAAGAGUAAAUCAUCCAAGAAAUCAUCAUCAAAGCGAUCCGCUUCGCCCAGCGAGCUAAAUGGCCAAAAGAAGAAAAAGUCCAAUGGCAGCGAGUCCAAGUCGAAGAAAACCCUGGAGACGGACGACAAGUCCAACUCCAAGUCGCUGGAUGGAGACGAUAACAAAAAGUCGAGGAACAAGAAGAACACGAGCAGCAGCAGCUCCACCAAUGUUGCCAAUGUGAGUGGAGCAGGUGCCAAGAGCGAUCUAAGCGAUGCCGAGGAUGAUAAGCCAUCCCAUCUGCCUGCUCUGGAGUCCGACAGCGAAUCCUCCGACUCGGAUUCGGGCACACAGCACAAACGCAAUGGCAGUGCUCGCGGCAAGGCCGCAAAACCCAGCAGCAGCUCCAAGAGCUCCACACCUGAGAAGGAUGCCGGAGGUGGAGCAGGUGGGGGUGGCAACAAUUCCCAAAAGUCCUAUGACUACAUGACCAAGCUGAACUAUUUAUUCCGCGACACUCGCUUCUUUCUCAUCAAGUCCAACAACAGCGACAAUGUCCAGUUGUCCAAGAACAAGAGCGUCUGGGCAACCUUGCCCCAAAAUGAUGCCAAUCUGAAUCAGGCCUUCAAAGAAGCCCGCAAUGUGCUGCUCAUAUUCUCAGUCAACGAAAGCGGCAAAUUCGCGGGCUUCGCUCGCAUGGCAGCGCCGUCGCGUCGGGAUAUUCCACAGGUGGCCUGGGUGCUGCCGCCGAGCAUUUCUCCCAAGGCUCUGGGUGGUGUGAUUGAACUGGAUUGGAUUUGUCGCAAGGAGUUGUCGUUUAAUGCAACGCUGCAUCUGCACAACUCGUGGAACGAGGGCAAACCGGUGAAGAUUGGACGAGAUGGUCAGGAGAUUGAGCCGAAGAUUGGCGGCGAGCUGUGUCGCCUGUUUCCCGAGGACGAACAGAUCGAAUUGACGCCCAUUCUGCGCAAGUCGAAGGAGACGGCACGCGUGAUGCGGGAGAAGGGCAUCCACGUCAUCUACAAGGCACCAAGGAGCUUGUCCAGUCGUGGUCACAGCGGAGGAGGAGGAGGAGGAGGACGCGGCAACAGUCAGCUGGGACCGAUGCGGCACAAGCGCAGCUAUGGCAGCCAUGGUGCACCACAUCAUCACCAGCGACCCUAUCGCCAUCAUCAUCACCAUCAUGGCAUGGGCAUGGGCAUGCCCAGCAGCGGCGGAGGAGGAGGAUUCAAACGCAGUGGUUCUCCCUACAGGCAGAUGGCUGGCGGUGCAGCUGCAGCCGGGGAGAUGGGGAUGCCAUCGUGGGAGCGUUACAUGUCCACAGCUGCUGCCGCCGAGGCUUACGUCGCGGACUACAUACGCAAUAUGCACGGCCAGUUGCCGCCUCUUCCCUUCGUGCCGCCCUUCGGACAGCUGCCCAUGCCAACGGCGGCAGGAGCGGCAGGCACACUGCCCCCGGGUGCUCCUGCAUCGAUGUACGAGCAACUGCCGCCACCGGUGCGUUAUUAUGACGGACCCGGAGCACCUCCGCUGCCGGAUUACCCGCCACCACAACCGAUGCGGCCACCGCCGCCGGGUUUCGAUAAGGCGCCCAGCUAUGAGGACUUUGCCGCCUGGAAGAAUGCCGGUCUGCCCACCGUGGCAGCACCACCUGGUUUUCCCGGCUACGCUGCCAACGGUGGUGGCAGCAGCAAUUCCGGCGGUGGCAACGCCGGCGGUGCAACAGUGCCCAGCAUCAGUGCCGGCAAUCGUGACAACAACAACGGCGGUCGACGACGCGAUUAUGGUGGUAACCGCAGCGGAUCUUCGCGACAAUUUCGUGGGGAGCGUGGUGGUGGCGGUGGCGGAGGCAAUGGUGGUGGUGGUGGUGGACAACGCAGCUAUCGGGACGCCAGGCGUUGAGUGUAUCGAGCGUAUAUUGAGUAUUGUUAACGGGUAUUUCAAAACAAAAGAGAAAAGUGCGCGAAAAAUCCAAUUCCUAAUCCUCAGCCACAGUUGAUGCACAGAAAAGUGACGCGUGUGUGAAGAAGUCUUCAAAGUUGCAAUGAAAAUGAUAACGAAAAUGAUAACGAUAAUGCUAAUGAUAAUGAAACGUAAUCUAAGUGAGCAGCGGGAAUAAUAUUGGACCCACCCAAAAAUCGGAUACCGCAUUAUUGAAAUGAUCCAAUAAUCGUAUACACAACACUCCAACUCUCUCUCCCUUCUCUAAAUCUCUCUCUGUCUCUCUAUUCUCACUCUCUUUUGCUUAGCUCUUUGUCUUGCGAAAAGAAAGUUCUAUAAAUUAAAACAUAAAACAAAAAA